GGCGCCACGUAAGCUAAAAUGACCGAUAAAGGGAGCUGAAGAGGGAAGCAAGACGUAUUCUUCAUAAUGGAAAGACCAGGUGGAACGGAUUUGGCUUUUCUUGGCAACUCCAAUUGGCUUUGGUGGACACAGAAAAGCAAUGACUUACCCGCUUUAUUGGACUUUUAAACUGUUCAUUUAUGUCUACACUUAACCAAAUCGCAAUUCUCGUCUAAAUGCUCACUGGGUUCAAAUCACACAGAACAGAAAAUUAAAUAUUAAAAAUUUAAGCAAUAACAACAACGCCCACAAGCAGUACAACUACUAACAAAACUAACAAUCUCUGCCUUAACUUGGCAGCAUCAACAAGUGUCAGCUGCUGCAACUAACCGACCAAGUCAUUACCUUCAAUCGAUUCUCAAUGCGCGGCAACAUUUCAGUUGAGAUCUUAAUUCUAGCGUAGACGGUCGGGUUUGUUGUGAUUUAAGCCAAGAUGCUCAAUGGAAAAUUUUACAUGGGUCUGCCACCCGGUAUGAUUGAACGGGGCAGUACACAACGUAAUCGCCUGCAAUCGAGUAUUUUCUGGCCCGAUGACACCAAAGUCGAUUCAGCGUUGGAAACGCGCGUCAAGCGACGUAAUAGCUUACAAAUUGCACAGAACGAACGGCCACAGCUGCGUAUGCAAUCAUCGGUGAGCGGCAACAGCGGUGACAGUACAAGGCAGUUAUUUCAGAAGGAAUUCUCUAAAUCGUCUAUCGAAUUUUUGGAUAAUUUAUGCGAUGAAAGUAAGACUAGGAAGCCAUUGCUCUUGAGGGGCAACAGGAGCGCUGGUAGCGAGGUGACACCCAAACCUACAGCAAUGAAGUUGCCACUGCCCGAGAAUGUGGUGAAUGCGGGAUACACCACCGCCAAGAAGAAGCAGGCUUUCACAUCGAAAAUCGAGUUCUAUGAUUAUAUGGGCGAUGAGUUAAAUAAUCGGAACAAUUUCCGACGCACAAAAAUGGAUAUGAAUGAUAAGAAGGAGAUGGAACGAAAUACGAAAAACAGUCCAAAAUUGCAAGUGAAAAACAAUAUGCGUAGUCUGGGUACAAAUGAAAAAUUGUAUCCUGCAGAAAGACGCGAAAAAGUUGAGGUAGCGGGAUUGGAGGAGAGUGCAAGGCAUGCAGAUGAUGUCGAGGUAGUGCCCAAAAAUAAUAUUCGUGACGAAUUGCAAAAUAGAGGAGAUGACCGAUAUGCGGGCGAACGGGCUUUCGAUGAUGAGUUCGAAGAUGCUCGUGGAGAUUUGAGUGGCUAUCAGAAAAAUAUGCGGGAACAUAGUAAUCGCCUCAAAGACGAAAACAUACGUGAUAUCGACUACUUGGAAAACAGAAGAACUGUAAGCCCAGAGUAUGGCUAUAGACGCGAGCGUCGAUUUCGUGAGACAUACGAAGAUGACUACGAUGUACCUGAUUACGCACCUGUUCCAAGGUAUGGUGCUGCUGUUCGACGCUCUAAUAGUGUAGGCCGUUUUACAGGUACACCUAAGCGUAUAUUAAGGAAUCCCAUAAGGGAGCGACGCUAUUGCGAUAAUUAUGGCAGUGACGCUUAUAGAGGCAAUGAAGCCAAUCUAGGCAAUAGACGUUACAUGAAUAGGGAUAACGAGGUGGCCGACAGCAGAGACUACAAUGAUUGCGACGCCGAUUUAGAUUACAUGGAAGGCCGCAUGAGGAAUAUGCGCAUACGCACAUCACCCAAGAAGCAUGUCACCUACAGCGAUGACACCUACUCGCACGACGAAGAAACUCCAAGUCCAUCGCUGCGACGACCUUUGGCGUCAACUCCACAGUCGCGCGCUCGUCCAAAUAUGCGCACCGGAAGCGAUCAGCAACGCCAACUACCACUACAGCCACAGCAACAACAACAACACGAUUUACGACGUUACAAUAGUGAAAUAGAUUUCGCGGAGGAUGCUAAUGAGGCGUCGGAGCAAAAAAUUAUGGAAAAUGACAUACGCGGUAGUGCAACAACAAUAAAGCCAUUAAAUACAGGUAGUAGCUACAAUAACAAGUGCAAUAAUAGCCGAGAUGUUGGAAAUGAAGAGCGCAACAGUUUUGUCAAUAAAAUAAAUAACAACAAAAACAAUAAUUUUAAUAACACAACAAGUCGACUUAACAAUCAAACAAUCGCGUCAGCUGCACGGAAAAUCACACCAAAAAUUCCAACAACCGCCGCUACAACAAAGCAAAACGCCGACACAGCGACCAACGAGCAAGCAGAAGCUGGUGGUGGUGUGAAAAAGCAUUUGCGCAGCAGCCUCUGUCUUCACAAUGGCGAGAUCGUAGCGAGUGAUGACGGUGGAGCGACGUCCGCAAAAGCACCCACGCGCAAUGCGCGCACCAUAGCUACACGCCAGCGCAUUAGUGUGGGACUGCCAGAUUAAUGAUUUGAACAGGCUGCAGCGCUGACGUUGAGUGACGGCUGAGCUGCGGCUGCGCAGUUGUAGCGUAGAGUUUACGAUCGUGCUGGCUUGAGAGCUGAGUGUUGCGGGCAUUUUUAAUGGUCUAAUAAGAAGUUGGAUUACCCUAAGGCGCGCGCCCGCUAUUACAUCGAUCACUUAUAGUAUGAGACAUGCAGUCGUUAAAUUUUGUUAUAACUUAACAUGCAUCGAAUUUAAGUGAAAAAUUAACAAAGUGAUUUUGAGUAUUAC